AAGAGUUAGAAAUGAGAAUUUAUCCCCAAUACGAAGAAACGACCUCCGAUGUCCAAACUGAAAAAGCCGAGUUAGAAACAAAUUACGGAGAACUGACAACAAUCGCCGAUCAACAAGGAGAAGUCUUACACGGAGAGAUCACCGCCAUUGUCAACCAGCGGAAAUCCGACAUUCAGGAGAUGAAAAACAAACACCUAUCUACCCUGAAUAAAAAUACAGAAGAAAUCACACAGAAAAUGGCGGAACUCAAACAGAUCAUGUCCGACUUGAAAUCAAUCCUAAAAUCAAAUGACGUCUCCUUAACCUCUACUUACCAAUCUAGGAAUUCCGAAUUUAGAACAUUACCGCCUAAAGUCCGAGUUACAGUACCCAGUUUGUCUGUUCAGAAAAUAAACAAAGAUCAGCUCAAUGAAAUUUUUGGUUCUCUGUCGCCAUUAUCCAUUAACACAGAACAUGACGACACAAUGAAGUUAGCAGAAUCUGUAAUGUCUCCUCCAGUCAAACCACUGCUUGAUGAGCCGUGCGUCACCGCCACCAUAAACACUGGGUAUAACAAUCUAUACAGUGUUAGCUGUCUGAGUGAAGAUCAAGUCUGGACAGGCGGGGAUAACGAAACCAUGAAGCUGCUCAACCUCCAGAGUAAACUACUGACAUCAAUACAAACCAAGUCAGGGAACAAACCAACAGACAUAGCAGUGACACGGGACGGAGAUCUUGUUUAUACUGACUAUCAUGAUAAAACUAUAAACUUAAUUAAGAAUAAACAGAUACAGACCGUGAUCACACUACAGGGGUGGUACCCUCUCUCUGUCUGCUGUACCGCCUCUGAUGAUCUCCUGGUUACCAUGAUCAGUGAUGAUCUCAAACAAUCCAAAGUCGUGCGUUACUCCGCCACAGAGAAACAAAGCAUUCAGUUUGAUGAUCAGGGUCGUCCUCUCUAUUCAUCUGGUGGUUAUAUCAUUGACAUUUUUGGUAUCCUUAACAAUAAAUCCAUCAGUGAGAACAAGAACCUGGAUAUCUGUGUGGCUGACUAUAGAGCUAGAGCAGUAGUGGUGGUCAAUCAGUCAGGAAAACUCCGAUUUAGAUACACUGGUCAUCCCUUAAAUACCGAGCUAUCAUUUAAUCCAUUCGGCAUCACUACAGACAGCCAGAGUCACAUCCUGACAGCAGACUGUUGGAAUCACCGUAUCCACAUCCUAGAUCAGGACGGACAGUUCCUCCGUUACAUUCACUGUCAUUUAGAACGUCCAUUAGGUUUAUGUGUGGACAUCAGAGACAACCUCUUUGUGGCUGAGUGUAACACUGCUAAAGUGAAGAAAAUCCAAUAUCUAUAAACACAGUGUUAAUUACACAGCUCUACAGUGUUAAUUACACAGCUCUACACAGUGUUAAGUACACAUCUCUACAGUGUUAAUUACACAUCUAAAAACCCUGUUCAUUACACAUCUAAACACAGUGUUAAUUGCAUCUUUGUGUUGAUUACAGCUGCUUGUUGAUUACAGCCCUGUGUUAAUUACAGCCCAAAGUUUGUGAGUUUAACUGAACAGUCUGACAUUAUUUUGUUUGUGAAUUCUAUCAUUCAAUAUGUGUUUGAUUUUACAAUGUAUAUAUUAGAUAAACAUGAUACAGAG